GACAGCAGGCAGCAGCUACUCUGAGCUGCUGAGACAUGGCGGAGCUUACAGUUUGAGUAGGGAACGCCAAUAGUUACCGUAGUUUCGCUCGCACUAAAGUCGACACGUUACCGAAUAAAUGGCGAAGAAGAAAUUCUAAAAGUGGAUGGAAAUGUUGCUGCUCGGAGAAUUGCGGUGGAAGAGGAAAGAAGCGGCUAGAAAGUAAGUGAGCUGUGGAAAUGUAUCUUAGCUCUCAGUGUUUAGUGCAGUCAACAGCCUCAGGCAACAAAUAUGGCUUCGUGUGCCUUUUUGCUCUGUGUAAUCAGAAACUGCUGUAUUAAGCCAUCGUAUAUCAUGGCACAGUCGCUCAAAUCGUACAAGUGACCAUAAGCAAACGGAGUUCCUGCUUGGUGUAUCGGUGGUUCUGCUGGGUUUGAGUCGAGGUCACCGUCUCCGCCGACAUAACAAGAAGCUAGCAUAGCUAGUUAGCUAGGGAACUGCGCGAAGUGCAAUGGAGCCGAAGCACAAAGAGUUGUUAGAGCAGUGCCACCAGAACUUGGUGCAGUCCAUCCCGGACGCACAGCGACUCAUCGAGCUGCUCGUCAAAUCCGGCAGCCUGAGCGAGCGGGACACACACGAACUGGACCAGAACUGCUCUUCCAGCUCAGAGAAAGUGGACCAGCUGCUGAAGAUGCUCAUGAACAAGGAAAGCGACCAUUUCCUGGCCCUGUGUGUGGCACUGGAGAAAACCUAUCCUCACCUGUAUUCUGCCCUGUUCAGCAACGGUGGAGGACCUGCAGAUCAUCACUCCGGGUCUACUUACAGCGUGCUGUCUACAAUGCCAUCAGAUUCAGAGAGCAGUUCCUCCCUCAGCAGUGUUGGUUCCAAAGCUUCCUCGCCUCCGCCUGCACUCAAUGACAACCGUCCGGCCAGUGAGAACGGAGACGCCCUCCUGUUCCAGCUGAGACAGGUGACCAGGGAAAGAGAUGAACUUCGCAAGAGGCUUGCCCUUGCCUCUCCGGGCACUACCUUCGACGAUUGCAGGCCAAAUUCCAAAGCCAGUCACGACUAUGAGCGACUCAAAACCCAGUGCAUGAAGGCCAUGGCAGAUCUACAGGCUCUGCAGAACCAGCAUACCAAAACCCUCAAGAGGUGCGAGGAGGCAGUGAAGGAAGCCGACUUCUACCACAUGCUGCACAGCCGUCUCCUGAGUGAUCAGUCUCAGCUAAAGGAGGAGAUGGAGGUGAUGAGAAGAGAUAAUGCUCAGCUCGUAAGAGAGCACAACCAUCUGAAACAGAGCUGUGAGGAGCUCAAGAGACUGCACUCAGAGGACCAGAAAGAGGUGGCUGAAAUGAGACUCCAGCAACAACAGGUUAUUAGGGAGAAAGGGUCCUCAGAGGUUUUGAAACUCUAUGACACUGCAAUGGAUAAGCUAGAGGGGUUGAAGAAAGAGUAUGACAACCUGAGCAAGCGAUACAGUGAAAAGGUAGCCAAUCACAACACAGAUCUGAGUCGACUGGAACAGGCGGAGGAAGAGAACAGACGGCUGCAGAAACAGACUGACACUUUGAUGAAGCAGAGGGAUACAGCCAUGCACUACCAACAACAGUACUCGGCCUCUAUCCGCCGGUUUGAUUCAGUGCAGCAGGAGCUGAAUAAAGUUUCAGCUCAGAAUAAAGAGCUGCAAAGAGAGAUGGAAAGACUGCAAUCAGAGAUGACACGUUACAAGAACUUCCAGCUGAAGGCGGUGAAGGAUGCAGAGAAGUACAAGGAGGAGCGCGAUUCUGUGUUUAACGAGUACAGGCUGAUCAUGAGUGAACGGGACCAGGUCAUUAAAGAAGUGGACAGGCUGCAGACGGAACUGGAAGCAGCUGAAGCUCGCCUCAAAAACAACUCAUCAGAGAAGAUGGUGGCCAGUGAGGAGUUGGAAGCACUCAGACAGGAGCUCAAUUCAUCACUGGUGGAUCGAGACCGAGCCAUCUGUGAGCGUAACGAGCUGCUGGAGAAAUACUGCCAUGAAGUGAAGGACAAAGCAGAGGCUCAGAAAGAGCUGAGUCAGGCCUGCAAAGACAUCGAAACUGUACGUGAGGAGCGAGACGUAGCCAGGAAAGAAAGAACCGAAGCCAUUAUACAGAGGGACCAGUUACUGCGGGAGUACUACCAGGCCAGACAGAAACAAGACACUGCCACUUUGGACAUGGAGCGUGCCAAUAAAGAGAUCGAGGUGUUGAGGAAACAGUGCGAGGCCAUGUCUCAGGAACUGAAGGAGGCUGUGCAGGAGGCCGAGGUGGCGAAGUGCCGCAGGGACUGGGCCUUUCAGGAGAGAGACAAGAUUGUGGCAGAGAGAGAAAGCAUCCGGACUCUGUGUGAUAACCUGCGCAGAGAAAGGGACCGUGCUGUUAGUGACCUGGCUGAUGCCCUGCGCAACCUGGAUGAUAUGAGGAAACAGAAGAACGACGCUGUCAGAGAACUGAAAGAACUGAAGGAAAAGAUGGAGUGUCAGCAGGAAAAGGAGACACCAUUCUACCCACUGCUGGCACACAGCUCACAUGAUUCAGCCAUAGAUACAGACUCCUUGGAAUGGGAGACUGAAGUGGUGGAGUUUGAGAAGGACAAAGAUGACAUGGACUUGAAGGCACUGGGGUUUGAUAUAGCAGAGGGGGUGAAUGACCCAUAUUUACCAGGAGAUUGUGGGAUUUUUGUAACCAGGGUGGACAAAGGAAGUAUUGCAGAUGGGAGGUUAAGAGUAAAUGACUGGCUGCUGAAGGUAAAUGACAUAGACCUUUCAAACAAAGAUAGGAAGCAGGUCAUCAAAGCUGUGCUCAAUGGAGGAGGAGUGAUCAAUAUGGUGGUGCGCAGGAGAAAGUCUUUAGGGGGAAGACUAGUUACUCCUGUACACAUUAAUCUCAUCGGGCACAAAGACAGUGGCAUUGGCUUGGAAAGUGGAGUGUAUGUAACAGCGCUAGCAGCUGGCAGCCCUGCUGCGAGAGAAGGGUCCCUUAACAUUGGAGAUCGUCUCAUUGCUAUAAAUGGAAUUGCUCUGGAUAACAAAUCUGUUACAGAGUGUGAGGCUCUGUUGAGGGGCUGCAGGGACUCUCUCAGCCUCUCCCUCAUGAAGUUCUUUCCCCAGGGAACGUCAGGCCACAACAUCUUUGAGGGUCUGAGGGAGGCAGAGAAGUGCAACGGCAGAAUUCUCAUGUCAGAGGUUCACUCUCGUAACAGCCGGAACCUUAAGCACAAUAGCUCCACCCAGACAGACAUUUACAGUGGUGAAGCGGGCGGAGAAAGGAGGAAGCAGAGAGCCGACUCUGAGGAGAGGAAGCCCUUCUCUCCCUCUACUCUGCACCCCAGCACCCUGUGUGCUCGUUACGGUCCCAGUGCCUUCCAGGAGAUUUGCUACACUCGUCCCGAGUCAGUCGGGCCUGAAAGCAGCAGCUUGGAGCCAGUGCCUGACACCAAGCACAGUGGUGGCACCUGGCCCAAGAUGGUGGUUGGAGUUCCCAUGACAGCAGAAAGCCCAGCCCAGCUGUCCAUUUACAAAUCGCCCAAGCAAAGGAAGUCCAUUUUUGAUGCAGACACCUUCAAAAGGCCAGAUACACCCUCCAAAAUGGAAUACCUAACCAGCCACUCACCACAGCCUUCCAAAACAGACACAUUGACCACACCCCCAACUCCACCUACACGCAGUGAUUCUUUCAAGUUCAAGCCGAAGCAGCAGGGCAGUUCGGCCUCAGACUCCACAAUCACUGAGAGCCAACAGGAAGAGUGUAACGGGAAUUUGUGCUUCACAGAAGUUGCCCAUGAGGGCAGGGUGCUCAGCUCUAGGAAGUCAUGCGAAGAGGACAUCGGGCACACACGGCUUGAUGAGCCUGAGGUCAAGCGACCACGUCCCAAAUCGGCCCCGGCUCUCAGGCGCAGGAUGACGCCUCAAUCCAUCCCCUUACAAAGCUUUCAGAGCCACUCUAAUGACGGGGACAGUUUAGACCAGAGGGAUGUACUGCGCUCAUCGCCUAGCCGCCCUUACAGACACAGCGUAGGGUUUGUUCCCACAUUCGUUAACGGAACCCUGCCACCCAACUCAGUACAUCGAGGUCUGUCCCCGUGCACAGCAGUGACAGCUGUUAUGAGGAACCCUGUUUACACUGUCCGCAGCCACAGAGUGCACACCAGCAACUGUCCCUCCGUCAUCAACCAGAUCUGCCAUCAGCACACACAUCCAAGUCCACAACAUCAAGGGCGUCUGAGUCUGGACCUUAGCCAGAAGCGUUCUGCUGAGUACUCGGAGUCCUCCCGCAGCAGCCAAACCUCUCAUGGCACCAACUCGCUGCCGUCCAGUGCCAGACUUGGUUCUUCCAGUAAUGUACAGUAUCGCACAGAAAGAAUAAAAAUCCCUCCCACACCGCGGUAUCCACGCUCAAUGCUGGGCUCUGACAGAGGGUCUCUGUCACAUUCAGAGUGCAGCAGUCCCAGUCUCAUCACACCGCCCAUGUCCCCACUUAAUCUUGAGACGUCCUCGUUUGCUUCCAGCCAGUCCCAGAACUCCAUCUCCACACGGAUCUCUGUCAGUCCCGUACCCACGGGAGACCACAGGAAAGACAGGCCGUAUCUGGAGGAGCCAAGGAACGUGAUUGUGCAUAAAGGUGCUGAACCUUUGGGCAUCUCCAUUGUCAGUGGUGAGAAUGGCGGUAUCUUUGUAUCCAAGGUGACUGGAGGCAGCAUUGCUCACCAGGCAGGCCUGGAGUAUGGAGACCAGCUACUUGAGUAUAACGGGAUAAACCUGCGUAACGCCACUGAGCAGCAGGCGCGUUUGGUCAUAGGGCAGCAGUGUGAUACCAUCACGAUCAUGGCACAGUACAACCCACACAUGUACCAGCUGGGCAACCACUCCCGCUCCAGCUCUCGGAUGGAGCCAGUGAGCAGCCAAUCCACUCCUCAGGGCAGCGGCGCUACUACACCAGAUAACCACUCAACCAUAGACACACUCAGUGAGCAGGAUGAAGGAACCCUCACUCCGUCAUCCAAACAGACCACACCUACCACCAGCCCACACAGCUUCAUCAGAAUGUCAUCGGAGGGCAGUAAAAAGAUUCCAGAGCCGCGAGUAGUGUCUGUGAGGAAGAAUCAGGUGGAACUUCAGAUUUGUGGGGGAAAUCUGUGUGGGAUUUUUGUGGAGAACCUGGAGGAGGACAGUCCUGCUAAGUUGGCAGAUGUCCUAAUGCCUGGAGACAUGAUCUUGGAGUAUAACUCGAUGGUUAUGAAGAAUAAGACUGCAGAAGAAGCUUACCUGGAGAUGCUCAAGCCAGCGGAAAUUGUCACAUUGAAAGUCCAGCAACGCUUGGUUGAGUUUAAUCAGGUUAAAGGUACUGGAGGAGAUGGAUUUUACAUCAGAGCACUUUAUGACCGAGUGGCUGAGACAGAACAGGAUCUUUCCUUUAAGAAAGAUGACAUUCUCUAUGUGGAUGACACACUACCCAAUGGCAACUUUGGCACCUGGAUGGCCUGGCAACUUGAUGAAAACGCACAAAAGAUGCAAAGGGGUCAAAUUCCCAGCAAAUACAUGAUGGAUCAGGAGUUCUAUCGUAGACACAGCAUGACUGAAUUGAAGGACGAGACAGGUUCAAGUAAAACACUCUCUGCAGCUGCUCGCAGAUCUUUCUUUCGCAGGAAACAGAAGCACAAACGCAGCAGCUCCAAAGAUGGCAAAGACCUACUAGCUCUGGAUGCCAUAAGUACAGACUCCAUCCCAUUUUUAGAGGAUUGCGUGAGCCUUGCCUAUCAGCGUGUGCAGAAGGUGGACUGCACGUCACCAAGGCCAGUGCUGCUGCUUGGGCCACUGGUGGACCCGGUUAAAGACAUGCUCGUGAAAGAGUCUCCAGGGAAAUUCAGCAGAUGUGUACUCGAGGUAAUGAAGGCAUCUCAGCAGGCCAUCGAGCGAGGGGUGAAAGAUUGCCUUUUCAUCGACUACAAACGAAGAAGCGGCCAUUUCGAUGUCACAACUGUUGCUUCCAUCAAGGAGAUCACAGAUAAGGACUGCCACUGUUUGCUCGACAUUGCACCCCAUGCCAUUGAAAGGCUUCACAGCGUUCAAAUAUAUCCAAUUGUCAUUUUCAUUCGCUACAAAAAUGCAAAGCAAAUAAAAGAACUGAAAGAUCCAGUGUAUCUGCGGGACAAAGUUUCUCAAAAACAUUCCAAGGAGCAGUUUGAGGUUGCACAGAAGAUUGAGCAAGAGUACAGCAAAUUCUUCACAGGUAUUGUCCAAGGAGGCAUGUUGCCCUACAUUUGCACUCAAAUCGUGACUAUAGUGGAUCAGGAGCAGAGUAAAGUCCUGUGGACUCCACUGGGCUCGCCUUAGGUGGCUGAGCCAGUCCUCUCCACUUACAGCCUCACAUACACCUGAGCUUACAAACACUAUGCUUUUACACUCGCACUACACAAAGGUACACUACAGCGAGCAUUGCAUUUUUUUUCUUUUAUUAUUCAUUUAUGUUUAAUUGUAACUUUAUGUUUAAGUGUAACAUUUUAUGUGUAACUGUAAUGGAGCCUUUUAUUUGUGUGUGUGAGAGAGCGGUUGAGUGUGUGUGUGUGUGUGAGAGCGGUUGUGUGUGUGUGUGUGUGUGUGUGUGUGUGUGUGUGUGUGUGUGUGUGUGUGUGUGUGUGCUCGCAAAUGCAGGAUUAUAGCACUGAAGUUUUCAAUGUUUUCCUUUGGUCUUCCUGAUGGACAUCCAACAAUUAGUAAUGCUGCAUCUAAAACACUUGUUUACAGAUGAGUCAGUCCGUGAAUUGUUAUUUAAUGUCUGCUUGAAUGUGUCCUCUCGCUUUUAUCUUAAUGAAGUCCCAAGUCACCUCUCUUUCUCAUCCAAACCCAAAUUAAGCUGACUAUCCCAAGCCUGUUAUACCAAAAUGACACGCAUGUGUGUAGGUGUUUUUUCAUCAUUAAGGGGACUGAACAUUCAUUGUAGAUAAAGAUUAAGCUUUGGUCGUUUAUGUAAAUGUAAUGGUUUUUGGGUUGAAGUGAACAACAACUAAGCAUUGUACGGGCCAAAUGGAAGUGCCUUUGGAGAACUCCUGAGCGUAUGACAAUGGCAUAUUGAAAGUCUGGUGUUUGAAACUCCUCAGAUUGCACUCCAGGGCUAGACAGACCACUGUGGUAACAUUUUCCUAGAGGAAAAUUUGUUGAAAAGAGAAUAUGAAAUCUAACACUAAUACAGUUCACAGUUCUGAUGUAGAGGCACUCACUUAACCUGUAUGUAUGCAAACUUCUAUAUAGAACUUUAAAAUAUAAUAUUUUAUAUAUAUAUAUAUAUAUAUAUAUAUAUAUAUAUAUAUAUAUAUAUAUAUAUAUAUAUAUAUAUAAAACAAAACAUAUAAAUAUAUUAAAUGUAUUUUGACUAGGCUGUUGGCCUAGGGAGCAGGUGUCGAGUCAGGUCUUAGCAGAUAAGAGCAUGUUCCUUUUGUAUGUUUCUUCUCGAUGUUUUUUGUUUGUUUGUCACUUUUAUAUGUACCCACUGAGAAACACCAUGGAAGGAAGAGAUGCAGGGUAAAUAUAAUUGGGUCUCCUAUGCUAAAUCUGGUUAAAUGUUAGUUAUUUUUUUCAUGUAUAUUUAAGUUUUCUUUUUUUUUUGUUGUAAUUAUUAUAUAAAUUCACCAGGCGCAGUUGCAUAACUUUUAUUCAGACUCGUAAUCCCAGCAGUUAAUGUGCCAAAAUUCAAUGUGUCCAUUUUUUUUAUUUUUGUUUUGCACUUGCAAUAUUAUGGACCCUAAACAAUAGCUGUUUUUAGGAUUCCAGUAGAGGUUACAAAUAGGUACUAUACUUAUUACUUUUGUGAUUUAAUAUUGAUUUGUGUAUCACUCAUGUUCCAUACAUUUCAUUAUUUGCAUCUAUUCUUAUAUUAGAAAAGAACCAUUGCAUCAUUUACACUCUUAAUUAAAAAAAGGGAUUUCUUAUUGCACAGUUGUCUCAAAAGAAAAUCAGUCCCAACCUUGUCUAUUGGGUUGAAAUUAUACUUUUUGUUUCAAUUACUAUUCACAUCUAAAUGUUGUUUUUGUUUUUUUGUUUGUUUUUUUCUAAAUAAGUAGCAUAUGGUUUUAAAUGAGAGGGAUUCAGCCAAUACAAUUUAAAGAAGUAUAACUAGAUGACAGGUACUGUUAUUGAUCUGGAUUUUCAAUAUUACAAAGAAUGUGAUUUGUAUGAAAUAAUGUUAAACAACUUAACAUGAGAAUAAAAGUCAUUUUCUGUAUCAUACUUAUAUUAUCAAACAAAUCCAGGUGUUGUUUGAAAGGUGUUUUCAUUCUAACCAACUGUGAACUAACCAGUGUUGAUGUCCAGUAGAUUGAUGGGGGAUGUAAUUGAGCUUCGAGUGAGUUAAUUGCUAGCUUCGUUAUUAUGCUGAUGGAGCUAGCAGUACGACAGUAAGAGGUAAAUUGUGGUAUUAAAUGUGGUAUUAAAUCUUGGAAGUGAGGUUUAAAACAUUUAUUAGGAUGUUUAGAGGACAUACUGAUAUUUUGAACCUUAUUUGUCUUUUUAUAGAACUUUAAUUACAUUGGUUAAACUAAGCUAUACUGCCACCAAAGCAGUGAUUUAUUUGGAAUCUAAAAUACCACUUAAAAUUACUUUUUAAUGUUUUGUUCUUUGUAAAUUUAUACAGGAUUUUUCCAACUCUAGUCCAGAGGAACGCCACUACUCUGCCCAUGUUUUCAUCACUUCCAACACUAGGUCAAGUUCAUCACCUAAUUAUUAAGUAUUUCAUGAAUUGGGUCAGCUUGAUAAUAAAACUAAUAUUUUCUUUUGA